AACAGAGUACCUGGAGUGGGAGAACAUCUCUCCUGAUCGCUGUCUCUAUAACCGCUCUUUACUCUGCCAUCUGCGCGCUGGGACUGCUGGGAAACCUGCUCGUCAUGUACGGAGUGGUGAGGUACACAAAGAUGAAAACUGCAACCAACAUUUACAUAUUUAAUUUGGCUCUGGCAGAUGCUUUGGCCACUAGUACACUGCCAUUCCAGAGUACCAAGUACUUGAUGAGAACCUGGCCAUUUGGAGAACUGCUGUGUAAAGUUAUUAUUGCUAUUGACUACUACAACAUGUUCACCAGUAUCUUCACAUUGACAAUGAUGAGUGUAGAUCGAUACAUUGCUGUGUGCCACCCAGUAAGGGCUCUGGAGUUCCGGACGGCUAUGAAAGCAAAGAUCAUCAAUGUCUGCAUAUGGAUUCUAGCAUCUGCUAUUGGUAUACCAAUCAUGGUUAUGGCAGUGACCAAAAAGGUUGACAGUGGUAAAAUAGUCUGCAUGCUGAAUUUUCCACACCCAGAAUGGUAUUAUGACACUGUUACAAAGAUCUGUGUGUUCAUCUUUGCUUUUGUGGUGCCUGUACUGGUCAUCACAGUCUGCUAUGGGCUGAUGAUCCUGCGUCUGAAAAGUGUACGUCUACUCUCUGGCUCCAAAGAGAAGGAUAAGAACCUCCGCCGCAUUACACAUAUGGUUUUGGUGGUGGUAGCUGCCUUCAUCAUCUGCUGGACACCCAUUCAUAUUUUUAUCAUUAUCAGGACCAUGGUCAAAAUUGACCAAAAGAACCCCCUUGUGCUUAUCAGCUGGCAUUUCUGCAUUGCUCUGGGCUACAUGAACAGCAGCUUAAACCCAGUACUCUACGCUUUCCUGGAUGAAAACUUUAAGAGGUGCUUCAGAGAAUUCUGCCUACCCUUCCGCUCUCGCAUGGAGCAGAGCAGCUUCUCCCGAAGCCAUAUCAUUACCAGGGAACCUGUCACGGUGUGUGGAACAUCAGAAUUAGUGAAUAAAACUACAUGACUGGACCUAGCCCAGAUACC